AUGGAAACGUCCGCCGAUCCGAAUGGCUAUGCGGUCGAUAAUGUGGCGCACGGUGAACAGGCGGUGUUUGGUGUGGCGAAUGAUGACGGUUCAUAUCGCGACGAGACGUAUGGCGAGAAGGUGGUUGGUGAAGCGGACAUAGGCGAAGCGGACGGAGGCGAAGCGGAUGAAGGGGAAGUGGACGAAGGGGAAGCGGACGAAGGGGAAGCGGACGACGGCGAAGCGGACGAAGGCGAAUCGGACGAAGACGAAGCGGGCGAAGGCGAAUCGGACGAAGGCGAAGUGGACGAAAGGGAAGCGCACGAAGGCGACGCGGACGAAGGCGAAGCGGACCAAGGGGAAGCGGACGAAGGCGAAGCGGACGAAGGCAAAGCGGACGAAGGCGAAGCGGACGAAGGCAAGGAUGGGGAAGGCGAGAAGGGGGAAGGUGAAGGGGCGGAAGGCGGAGAGGCGGAAGGCGUAGGAGCUGUUGGCGAGGAGGCGGAAGGCGAAGGGGCGGAAGGUGGGGAGUGGGAUGGCGAAGAGGGGGAAGGCGAGGAGGGGGAAGGCGAAGAGGGGGAAGGCGAGGAGGGGGAAGGCGAAGAGGGGGAAGGCGAGGAGGGGGAAGGCGAAGAGGGGGAAGGCAAGGAGGGGGAAGGCGAAGAGGGGGAAGGCGAGGAGGGGGAAGGCGAGGAGGGGGGAGGCGAAGAGGGGGAAGGCGAAGAGGGGGAAGGCGAAGAGGGGGAAGGCGAAGAGGGGGAAAGCGUAGGGGUUGUAGAUGGGGCUGGAGAGGAGGCGGAAGGCGAGCAGGCGGAAGGAGAGGAGGCAGAUGGGGUCCAGGCAGAUGGCGACAAUGUGGGCGAAGACUUGUCCGAUUACUCCAAUUUUAGUGCAGAGGAGAGAACUAAUGGGCGGUGGACACGCGUACAAGCACUCAGCCGCGGGUCGGCGCUGGAUGAGGAUGAAGAAGCUGCACGAGUGGUGAAGAAAGGGCGGUUUAUGAUUCUGGGGGCCACACCGGAUGAUACGCAACAGUGCGGUAACGGGCGUGGCGGAGAAGCAAAGGAUAAACAAGGAGGGCAGACCGUGAAAGGGGCAUUGGCGGCGGCGAAGCCACCCACGAAGCGCAGGAGUAAGAAGGCCAGCACUAAACCCCUUCCAAAGGGUAAAGCGGUGAAGAAUUCUGGUGUGGGUCCGCCAACCACCAUCGAGCGAUUCAACCUUGGGGGGGGAGGGGGGAAGCUGCCCCAGCUACAGGUCACCCUGCGGGCAAGUACUAGUGCGAUGCAAGUGGGAGCAGCAGCAGCUCUUGCGGGUAUGACUGUUGCAAGGGUAGGAGGAGCAGCGUCAACGGGAGGGAGGGUGGGAGCAGCAGCAGCAUCAACUGGGGUGAGGGUGGGAGCAGCAGCAGCGUCAACGGGAGGGAGGGUGGGAUCAGCAGCAGCAUCAACUGGGGUGAGGGUGGGAGGAGCAGCAGCGGCAUUGACUGAAGGGAGGGUGGGAGCAGCAGCGGCAUCGACUAGAGGGAGGGUCGGAGGAGCAGCAGCAUCGACUGGAUGGAGGGUGGGAGCAACAGCGGCAUCAACUGGAGGGAGGGUGGGAGCAGCAGCGGCAUCAACUGGAGGGAGGGUGGGAGGAGCAGCGGCAUCAACUGGAGGGAGGGUGGGAGCUGCAGCGGCAUCAACUGGAGGGUGGGUGGGAGCUGCAGCGGCAUCAACUGGAGGGAGGGUGGGAGGAGCAGCGGCAUCGACUAGAGGGAGGGUGGGAGGAGCAACGGCAUCGACUGGAGGGAGGGUGGGAGGAGCAGCGGCAUCGACUGGAGAGAGGGUGGGAGCAGCAGCGGCAUCGACUGGAGGGAGGGUGGGAGGAGCAGCGGCAUCGACUGGAGGGAGGGUGGGAGGAGCAGCGGCAUCGACUGGAGGGAGGGUGGGAGAAGCAGCGGCAUCGACUGGAGGGAGGGUGGGAGGAGCAGCGGCAUCGACAGGAGGGAGGGUGGGAGGAGCAGCGGCAUCGACCGGAGGGAGGGUGGGAGGAGCAGCGGCAUCGACUGGAGGGAGGGUGGGAGGAGCAGCGGCAUCGACUGGAGGGAGGGUGGGAGCAGCAGCAGCAUCUACUGGAGUUUUCAGGUCCAGGGUGCUCUCCCUUCCUGCCUUGUCUCGCUGCUCCUCUGCACUCACCAUGCCAUGCCCCGUAGUGAUGUAUCCUUCGAGUGAAGAGGCGAUGGCUGGGUUAUCUACUUAUCUGUCCCCUGAUACCAUGCCCCACUUGCAACUGCUGUGGAAACAACAAUGCCCAACAACAAAGGGGGCAUUCUAUACAGCAUGCAGCAAUACCCGGUGUGCAAUUGGCAAAAUACUCCGUCGAUUGGUUCUAACUGCAUUGGGGCGGGAGAAAAACAAGGGGAAGGUGAUGUCCCUCCCGGCGGAGUUGGAUCGUCCGGCGGUGUAUCGGAACGAUGCCGAACUGGUCCGGGACAACAUGACUGGUGAGCUCCUAACCCUUGCUCUCUCCCCCCCUCCUCUGUCACAUGCUCUCUCCCCCCCUCCUCUGUCACAUGCUCUCUCCCCCCCUCCUCUGUCACAUGCUCUCUCCCCCCCUCCUCUGUCACGUGCUCUCUCUCCCCCUCCUCUGUCACAUGCUCUCUCCCCCCCUCCUCUGUCACAUGCUCUCUCCCCCCCUCCUCUGUCACAUGCUCUCUCCCCCCCUCCUCUGUCACAUGCUCUCUCCCCCCCUCCUCUGUUACAUGCUCUCUCCCCCCCUCCUCUGUCACAUGCUCUCUCCCCUCCUCUAUGA